GGGAAGGAGAGAGAAGAGGAGAGAGUUCGAUCCCGGCACUCGGCGAUCACGUCAGCUCCGAGUGCCGGGUGGCUUUCAUCUGAACAAUUGAGGCCAGAGAGCAGGCACAAGUGUGUGCUCUGCCUGCUGCAGAACCAUCGCUAAGUCGAUGUCACUUAUUGAUUGAGGUGCGCAUCGGUCAGAGAGAGCCAAGUUUCAUGUAUGUCGAUAUAGUAUGUCUGUGUGAGAUGUGUGUGUGAGUGCAGGGCGCGUGAGUGGCCACUCCAUGACUGCCAGUGCACACGGCCAGCCACCACACGACUUCGUGCCACUCGAGGAUGUCGAAAUCCUCCACAGCUGCAUGGAUCCCGCCCCCAGCAAUGCGACAAGGCGGCUGGCCGAGGGCAUCAUCUACAGAACCUUCACCCAUCAGCAGCAAGUGACGGACCUCAUACAACAGCAUGGCGCUCGCGCAAACGCCUCAAUCGAGCUGCCGAUGCGGGGCUGCAGCGGUGGCUGGGCCUACUAUCUCCUGUCGCUCACCAUUGACAACCUCAGCGACAACACGAUGCCGACCAUCGCGGCAACUGAUGAGGCGCACACGCCAGGAGCUAUUCGCCAGCGGCCCGUGAUCCUCCCCCGGUGGCCAUCUCCUCAGCUGGAGGCGGCCAUCAUGAACGCGCUUAUCGACAGCGGCGCCGACGUGAAUGGGCCGGCUGGUGGCGAACAACUGCCAAUCAGGAUAGCAAUCCGGGCGGGCAAUGAGGGGGCCCUUAGCGUGCUCUUGGCGCGCAACGCUGCGGUGCGUUGGAAUGACCAUCGUCAUCCCACCGUCAUGGAUCUUCCCCACACCGGCGAACAUCUCGGCUACAAGGUGCCCCCCGCCUACGAGCAGCGGCUGCUUUCAGUCUACCGGCGGCUCAUCCAACACGACCCCACACUCGCCACCGUGCAGGACCACAUCGGCCGCAAUCUGAUCCACUCGGCAGCCCACGACGAGCGAUGGAAUUAUUCGCAGGCCUUCAUCGACUCAUAUUUGGACCUGCUGGUGGCCAAUGGGGCGAAUCCGAUGGCGAUGAGCACCAAUGGAUGGACGGCUCUUCACGAUGCCGCCUACAUAUGGGAGAAUGAACUCGAUGAUCCCUACGACAGCUCCCCCUGUGUGGUGGAUUAUGUGGGGCGCCACGUGCCUGCUGAAUUCGUCAACAGAGAGAUACACGGCGGUGAGACGGCGCUGUCUCUCGCCGCCGAACAGCUUGAAUGGGCGAUUGCGGUGCCGCAAGAUGACGAUGCAGACCAAUACAUCAGGGAGCGAGCCACUCGCAAGAUACCCCUUCACGAGGCCACCAUCCGCAAUUUGCUGAGAUGCGGGGCCGACAUCAGCUUCUUAGCUAAUCGGCCGCCGUCCCCCUACAUCUACAUCAGCUACUUGGCUAAUCGGCCGCCACCCCGGGAGCUGGUGCUGCCCCAGUACACGGCGGUGCUCAACGAGGUGCCCGCUGCGGCGAUGGCAGCCGUGAACGCGGCGCUGCGGCCGCAGCGGUCGUUGGCCGCCCUGCUGACGCACCUGCUGCCCCACGUGGCGCACAACGACGGCGAAGACCCCGCCCCCUCGCCCCUCUCAUUCGGACCACACGAGUCGGCCGCCAUCGGCUGGAAGAUCGCCGCUUUCUGCCUCGACAUGGAGGCCGCCCACGAGGCCAUCACCCGCACACUCACCGUCCGCAACAGCGACUUCGCCCGCCGCGUAUGUGGGGCCGUCGAACGCUUCGUCAAGUCGGCGCUGAGCGCGAGCGGCAACCAGGAGGUGGUGGGCGGCACGGCCAAUGUGGACGGCGUGACGGUGCGCGUGCCGCUGCAGUGCUUCGCUGUCAAUGGAGGGCAGCAGGGCGGCCAUCGUAUGGUGGGCGUGCGUGAGGUGGUGCACAGGGCGCGGCUGGACGAGGCGGCCCGACACGGCAUCGAGGGGGCGUCCAUCGCCAAGGGCUUCAACGAGCAGCUGGCGAAUGCCGACUGCCAAUUCCUGUGGCAGCAGCUGCGGCGCGUCGACGGGCGGGGACGAUUCGUGACCCUCGACAUCAACUGAGGAGGCUGGGGGGGAUGGGGGGCAUUUUUAGCUGCCGACUCAUCGUGUGAGAGAGGCUGGCACAAGCCGAUGCUAUCAGAGGAAGCGAGACCUCAAAGAGAGAGGGAGGAACGCCUGUAGUCGGACGAGAAAUGACGUCUGUCAUCACUGUGUUCGCCUGGUCGGCCUAGCUGUGUGUGCGCGGAUGCUCAUUCAUUG